AUGCAUCUUCAAUGCACAUUCAAGUUGACGAUUUUGCAGUAUAAAAGUAAAAAAUCGAAAAACAUUAGCACUACUGGUCACAAGGCAAUGGAUUUUAUUAAGAUUUUGCUGUUGUCCCUAUUGAUCGGGACCUGCUUGGCCGAAAAACAUCACAAGCAUCAGCGGAAACAGCAUAAUGAUGACGACGAAGAGCAUCAUUAUCUGCCACCAGAGCAGACGGAAAGCGAAGAGGAUCAGCCCUAUUACAAGAAAGAAAAGCACACCAGCGAACGCGUGGUGUAUCACAAGGAGGAGGAGCACGAGGAACCCAAACACUAUUACCACGAGGAGCCCAAAAAACAACGAGUGGAUCACUAUCACCACUAUGACAAGAAGCCCGAGGUAAAGACGGAGCACAUACACUACAAGGAGAGUAAGCCCCACAUCCGCACGGACUACAACAAUGCUAACGCAGAUCUUUUUACACCUGCAGCCACACAAGUGGUCUAUCGUCGCCGACGUCCUAGUCGCAUACUUUAUGCCAGUGCUCCCAAUUCUGUAUUUCAUACCCAUACCCAAAUCAAUGUUCAGUCGCAGGACUCUGAGUUGAAUUCCCUAACGCGACCGGAUCCCCCGAUUGGCCAGCAAUUGCCAACUGGAGCAGCACCUUCAUUUCCCAAUUGUCAAGUCGCCGGUAAUCCUCCCCCAGGUUGUGGUCCCAAUGAUCCUGCUGGUGCCCAGUUACCAGCAAGUGCUUUGGCCCCCACAGCUGGCAACUUUCCAAACCAGGGAGCUGGCACUCCCGCAGGUGGCCAAUUGGCUGUACUUGGCAAUGGUCAGAGACCACAGAGACCCUCCCGACCGGGUGGGUAUGGCGGUAGGAAUAACUUUCUCAUUGAUCCUUUCUUAGGAGGGCAAAAUCAAGCAGCUGGUGGUGCUCAGCUUGCCGCAGGUCAAGGGAUUCCUAAUCAAAAUCAAUUCGCUCCUUCUCUGAGCGCCCAACUGUCCGCCGCUGGUCAAGCAGCCGGUAAUAAUGGCUAUCAGAAUCAAAUUUCUCCUUCCAAUGGUGUUCAAAGUCCUUUUCAAAAUCUAAAUCAGUAUGCUCCGUCUCCUGGUCAAGCGCCAGUUGCUCAACGACCAGCGACAGCUCAAGCUCCAAUUGCGGUUUCCGCACCUUUGCAAAAUCAGUUUGAUCCUUCACUUGGCGGACAACUUCCAGGCUCUGCGCAAGUUCCCCUACAGAACCAAUUCGACCCGUCAUUUGGUGGGCAAAGCCCUGGUAUUCAACGGCCCAUACAAAAUCAAAUCGAUCCAGCUCUGGGAGCCCAGCUUUCCACUGCUCAACGACCAAACCAAAAUCAGUUCGAUCCCUCACUAAGUGGAGCAAAUCAGGCUGCAGCAGCUGCACCUUUCGAUCCAGCCUUAAGUGCCCAAUUGGCUUUAGGACAAGUUCCACGUCUGGCCAAUGGACGGCAACGCAAUCGCUCCAAUUAUCAAGGAUUAAAUGUACUCGGUGGCAAUGUAUUUGGUCAACCUCACUUGCAAGGGCCAACCAAUGCCUUGGGUAAUCAACAGGAUACCAAUAUAAUUGAUGGCAGUUUCUAUAGCGAUCCCAGCGCAUUGCUACAUAAUCAUGGAUAUUAUCGCACUCCUGUGUCGGGCAAUCGACGCACUGUAGUAGUGGACGAAGAUGAUGAUCUGGACAAUGAUGGCUUUGGACUAGCUGGUACUUCGCCGCAGGCCUUCUAUGUCAAGCCGAAAAGGGGGCAACCAAAAUCGAAGUCACACAGACGCCACCAUGGAAUCCAAGCAGCUGCAUCCUCGCUAACGUAUAGCUUUGAACCGGCUGUUGCUUCUUCUCAACACAAUAUUGACUUCCGAGCUGAUGGCUAUCACUAUAAGAAGCCCAAGCAAGCAUUCGAAUUUUAA